AUGGAAGUGAAGCCCAGCAGAAAGAGACAGUUGGAGUUGGUGCCUUAUGAUAGGGUUGCUGGAGUAAGUGAAACAGGGGUGAUAUACAAGUUCAAGAUUUUGCUACCGAAUGGAAUGACAGUGAUGUUGAGACUAACGGAUCCGAAACCUGAUAUGUGGGUACGAGACUUUAUAAAUAUUGUUAAAAAAGAAUAUGUUUUAGCUGAAAGAGAUUCACAACCUUCGAUGAAAAAGAAACGAGCUUUGAACUGGGAAAGUGAAAGUUGGUUUGUGGAGGAUGCAUAUGGUAAUUUAAUUAAGCCGAGGUUUAAGUUUAAGGCUUUCAAGCCGCAUAAAUGCCACAUUCUUCGGCUUCAUGUGAGUGAUAUGGAUGGAUCCUCUGAGAUUACUGAUACUUUUGAGAACAUGUGGGAUUUGACACCGGAUACUGAUUUAUUAAGGGAGCUACCGGAAGAGUAUACAUUUGAGAGUGCACUUGCUGAUUUAAUAGAUAAUUCCUUGCAAGCAGUAUGGUCUAUUGGUGAAAAUGGGAGGAAACUGAUCUGUGUGGAUAUCAUGAAGGAUAGGAUUUCAAUUUUCGACACUGGUCCCGGAAUGGAUGCUAGUGAUGAAAAUUCUAUAGUGAAGUGGAGUAUGGUUUAUAUGUACUGUGUUUACAUAAUGAUUGAUUUGUCUUAUGUGAGCUCUAGUGAUUUUUGUUCCUUGCUUGACAUGUUUUCUGUAGAUAUUAUGGUAACUAGGGGAAAGAUGGGGAUCUCAUUGCACAGAUCAUUCAAGGCACAAGCAAUAGGGAUCAAACCUCCAUAUUUGAUACCUUUCUUUGGCAUGUUUGGAUAUGGGGGACCUAUUGCAUCCAUGUAUUUAGGGAGGCGUGCUUUAGUAUCUUCCAAAACAAAAGAGUCAAAGAAAGUCUAUACUCUUCAUUUUGAGAGAGAGGCUCUGCUCCGCAGUUCUGGUUCUGAACCAACUUGGAAGACUAGUGGAGGCAUGAGGGACCCUUCAGAAGAUGAAAUUAGAAAAUCACCUCAGCGAAGUUUCACAAAGGUUGAGAUAUUGGAACCUAAAAUAAGAGACUUGGAUGCAUCUCGACUCCAAUGCAAGCUGAAGGACAUAUAUUUUCCAUAUAUUCAGUGUGAUGAGGUGUCCAAAACGGGGAAGACCACCACACCUGUUAAAUUUCAGGUCUUGUACGUUGCUCUUCUUGAUUUUGAAUAUGUCCUUGGCCUAGCUGAGGUUGAAGGUGGGGAGGUGUCAAUUACCAACUUGCACUCUUGCAACGGCCCUGAGUUUGUUUUUCAGCUUCGAUUUUCUAUCAAACAGGAUGUUGCCUCAACCAUAAGCCCAGGUUCAAGGACAUCUCAAGAAGCUAAUGCACGUAUAAAGUGUGUUUAUUUCCCCAUUGCUGAGGGUAAAGAGAAUAUUGAGAAGAUAUUGGAGAACUUAGAAGCUCAAGGGUAUGGAAUUGGAGAAAGCUUUGAGACAUUCACACGUGUGUCUAUCCGGAGGCUCGGCCGUCUGCUUCCAGAUGCUCGUUGGUACCUUUUUUUGUACUUUUUUCUGCAUUAUCUGUACUCACCAGAAACUGUUGUAUUUGCAGAGACUGAUGCUGGUUUCAAUCCAACACCCUCAAAGACUGAUCUAGCACACCACAAUCCCUUUACAACUGCUUUGAAGAACUUCAGCUAUAAGAGGCUUGAGAAAGAAAAAGGAGUUAAUAUUGAAAUUUCACAAGAUGGUAAAUUGUUGAGUCCUUCAAAUCUGGAGAAAAAGUAUGAAGAUUGGAUUCUUGAGAUGCAUUCUCAUUAUGAUAAAGAAAUCGAUGCUGGUGAGGAUGAUGGAGUUCUUGUCGUUGGCCUCACAAACAAAAUACCUGGCAUUUCAUCUGAUGUUGUGAGAGUGCAUGAUACUUUAAAGAGGAAGGGAGCAAUUUGGAAACGUGGUCAGAAAAUAAAAGUUUUAAGGGGAGCUGGGCCUGGGUUCCAUAGUAAAAAUGUUUACCUAACAUUAGAAUAUUUUUUGAUAGAAGGAUUUCAAGGCGAUGCUGGUGGGGAUGCUUGGAUUAUAUGCAGGCCACUGGAGAUUGCAAAGGAGAAUGGCUGUGUGCUUUUGGUGAAAGAUGGGAUUGCCAGUUUCGAUAUUCACAGUUCUCAAUCAAUAUCUAUUAGUGUGAUCGACUGUGGGAAGUGCCAAACUAUUGAAAGUUCUGAGUGGGAUUGCCAACUUCAGAAGCAAUAUCAGAAAGCUCCCUCUACAAUUGAAUUGCUUGGAGAAAAACAUUGUCGAGAGUUGGGGAUCAAUGGGGCAUUCCCAGUUGAUGCUACAGUUCCAGCUGGAUGCACUCCUCCUAUGGAAAUAGUGGCAGUUGUUCGACCUGGUUGUUACGUCUCUUCCAGCCAUUCAAAGAAUUUGGACCAAAAGUAUAUUGUCAAAACUGAUUUAGAGAUGUCUAUAGAGGUUAAACUCAGAAGAUCAGCAAAGGAACACCAAAGCGUAAAACAUUUAUAUUCAGCACGUGUAGUUCCUUCUUCUCGUAAAGGGUUUGAUGGCUUGUAUAUUUUUUCACUGGGUUACAACAAGGUGUCCAACUUAUUUAAAGAGGCUGGUGUUUACACUUUUUUAUUUACUCUCCAUGAUAAAGAUUGUAAGAAGUAUGAAAAAAGAGUGAUGGUCAAGGCAUCUUCAAAGGUUGGAAAGUGGAAGCUUUUGAGUGAUAAGCAGGAAAAAUUGUGUGUGAGGGUGGGUUCAUCAUUUCCAUCAUUCUCUAUUGGGUGUUUUGACAUCUACGGAAAUCGAAUUCCAUUCACAUCCGUUCCAGAAACAACUGUGAAGCUACUAGAUAUGAGUGCCAGUGUGCUUGCUGAAAUAGCCAAAUUUAAGGCAUACCUUUCUUCUGAUAAAUUGACUCUUCUAGUUAAGAAUGUGCUAAUUGUGAGCGAUAAGUUGGAUAGAAUACGGCCAGACUAUGAAGCCACAUUGGUGAUAUGCCCAGUAAAUAAGUUGGUACCAGUUUCUAUUCAAUGUCAAGUUAUACCCGGAUCAUUACAGUGCAUCACAGUCCAACCAUCAAUACAGGAAAAACACUUGCUUCCCGGUUUUGUGGUUAAAGAGCUUGUGUUAGAGAUUUUUGAUGCCCAUGGUAACCAUGCUAGAAAAGGCUUGGAAGUUCAGUUGAAUGUGGACGGGUUUCAUAUCCUUGAUAAAGAAGGUUCAAAGCGUAAGGUGGACAAUGAUGGAUGCAUUGAUCUCAGUGGUGUCUUGAAAGUAACAGCUGGUUUUGGAAGAAUAGUGUCAUAUUCUGUUUCAUAUCAAGACACAGUUGUUCUUAAGGAAGAGCUUCGAAUUGAGAAGAGGGAGCUGAGAAUUGCAUCAAAGCUACCAGAGCUUGUUACAGCAGGAUCUGAUCUGGAAAAUGUAGUUUUUGAAGUUGUUGAUUCUCAGGGUCUAGUUGAUGUCUGUAUCCAUAAUGAAGAGAAAGCUGGCCAGUACCAUUCACUAACUAUAAAGUCAGAUUCCUUUAAUUUAGAGGAUUCUAUUCAGUAUACUUUGAGGCAUGGUCGCUGCACUAUUCCUGCAAUUCGAAUCCCUCUAAUUGAAGGAAGCUUUUGCUUUAUUGCUGCUCACUCCUGUUACCCAGAGCUUCAACUGAGGGUCAUGCUUCCUGUCAUGAAAGCUACAAUACUGGAGUGUGGUGAGAAUCCGUCACCAUAUUCAAACAGAAAGGUCUUACUGUCUCAGGACUCAUUGUCGCUUGAGCAUGCUGAAAACCUAAUGAUGUCCAUUGUAAAUAAUGAAAAGGGACUUGUGGAUGACAUUGAAAAAUAUGGUGAGCGAAUUGGAUGGUUAGAAAGGGCACUAGAACACUUGAAUGGUCGGAAGACAGAGAUUGAGGAGCACAUCUCUGAGCUGCAAGAUUCCAUGGAACCAACCUUAGAUAAUUCAAACUAUGUGCUCACUAAGGAGGAGAUCCUGGAACAAAUUGGAAGUAGGAACCAUUCUGCAGCAGCUAUUCUCUGCCAUCAUUAUAGAGAUUUAUCAUCUCAAGAAUCACAAAACCAUUUCAUGGAAGGUAUAUUCGGGUUGGUUGCCCUGCUUGGAACAGCUAGGACUAAGAAGCUAAGCAGGCAUGUAGUUGUUCAUUUUAUCUUGGUAUUGGCUGAGUUCUUGGGUGAAGACCAAAUGCUUGCUGUGGUGUGCAGAUCCAUGGAAGCUGCAAGUGCUUUUGGAAAAUCUAUUUCUGGACGCUUUCUUGUCAUAUGCCUCAAGGAUAUAAGGCCUUAUACAGGGGAGCUCGAAAGUGGUGACCCGCAGAGGAAACUAAUGUUGCCAGAUCCUAAAUUACCAUGUGGGAAUGUGCCAUCGGGAUUCAUUGGGUAUGCUGCCAAUAUGAUAAGGUUAGAUAACCAACAUAUGAAUAUAAGGACAGCAUCUGGACAUGGUCUUCGAGAAACUUUGUUCUAUCGUCUCUUUGGUGAACUCCAAGUUUAUGACACGAAAAAACACAUGAACGAAGCCCGAGCUUGCUUCAAACAUGGUGCUGUUUCUUUAGAUGGUGAGAUCAUCAGAGCCAAUGAAAAUGGCAUUACAUCUCUCGGGUUCUGGAAUUCUGAAAUUUGCUUUCCUGUUGAAACAUUGGAGAAUGAGAUGAUGCAUGUUGCUCCGGAGAGGAUGCAAAUCCAGGAACAACUCAAAGCAAGCAUGGAGGAGUUGCAAACCAUAACAGGCAAAAUAGAGGAUGGGACAAGACGGCAUGACAAAGCUUUGAAGAAGUUCAAGAAGAGAGCCGAGAGGUACCAGAAGUUCAUGGAUCAUGUGGAGGAGGUGGAGCCUGUGCUCAAUAGGAAAUAG